AUGCAGAUUUGUAACAUCAAUAUGCCACUUUCAUCAAAUCCAAGCAAAGAGGAGCAAAGGCUUCAAGAGAAUCACAAUCGGACCAAGUUCUGGAAGAAAUGGGGAACCUAUGUAUCUGAACGUUGCUGGGGGGUGCCCAGAGAAGACUAUACAGAUUCAGGAGAAAGCUGGGAGUUUGACUUUGACAUGUCGAGAAGCCGUGUGUUUAGAUGGACAGAGCAAGGUAUGGCCGGAGUUAGUGAUAAUCAUCAGUAUCAGUGCAUAACCAUGGCUCUUUGGAAUGAGAACGAUCCUUUCUUGAAGGAUAGUUUAUUUGGGUUACCGGGUGGUUCUUCUGCCAAUAGCGGCAAUCAUGGUGAGGAUGUCAAGGAAUUGUAUUAUUAUCUUGAUAAUACCCCUACCCAUUCGUAUGCGAAGUACUUAUACAAGUACCCUAUUGGAAAGUUUCCUUACGACCAAAUUAAGGACGGUAACUCUAAGCGUACCAAAAAUGACCCUGAGUUUGAGAUUACGGAUACGGACGCUUUCAAGGAUAACAACUAUUUUGAUGUGAUCUUUGAAAUGGCCAAGAGCGAUGAUGAUCCUGAAGAAAUUAACUUUAGAAUCACUGCUUAUAACAGAUCAGGCUCUACGGCUCCAAUACAUAUCAUUCCCCAAAUGUUUUUCAGAAACACGUGGGCUUGGAACUUGGAAGAGGUAAGUGAUAAGAAUAAGUCUAAGCCAAAGUUAUCGCAGGACUCUUCCUACUCAAUCAAGUCUGAGCACUUUGAAUUGGGUACAAGACGAUUUGUGUUUGCUGCUGCUCCGGGAGCUUCUGAGGGUUCACCUGAUGUCGAACCUAAGUUCUUAUUCUGUGAUAACGAUAGUAAUCUUAAGAAGCUCUACCAUGUAGAGAAUAAGGCUGAUUACUUUAAAGAUGGAUUUCAUGAGUACAUAGUUGAUGAAAAGACUGAUGCUAUUAAUCCAGAUCACUAUGGUACCAAAGCCUGUGCCUGGUUUGUAUUCGAUGAUAAUGGAGGUGUUCCGUCCGGCGAAUAUGUCACAGUCAGAUAUAAAAUGACCUGUGAUAUGAGUGACGAGGCUCUCAGUAUCGACGAAGAUCAAUUCGAUAGCAUCUUUGGCAAGCGUUUAGCGGAAGCUGACGAGUUCUAUUGGAAUGUCUCGCCACUUCCAAUUCCAUCUUCUCUGAGAAAUGUUCAACGGCAGGCAUUCAGUGGAUUGCUGUGGUCGAAGCAAUUCUAUCACUUUAUCCACGACUAUUGGUAUCAGGGAGAUCCAGAUUCGGAUCUUCCUCCUACAGUGGGAAGGGCCAAUGGUAGAAAUAAGGAGUGGAAGAACCUAUACAAUCGUGAUAUUCUUUCCAUGCCGGACAAUUUCGAGUAUCCGUUCUAUUGUUCCUGGGAUACUGCUUUCCAUACUAUACCGUUAGCGAUGAUUGAUCCUGAAUUUGCUAAGAGGCAGCUUGACCUAUUGACUAGAGAAUGGUACAUGUCCCCACAGGGACAAAUUCCAGCUUAUGAGUGGAACUUCUCUGAUACAAAUCCUCCCGUUCAAGCCUGGGCGGCCUAUCGUGUCUACAAGAUUGAAAAGAGAAUGUAUGGCGUAGGUGAUCGUGUCUUUUUGGAGCGUGUUUUCCAAAAGUUUCUCAUUAACUUUACAUGGUGGGUCAAUCAAAAGGAUGGCGAUGGAAACGGUAUUUUUGAAGGAGGAUUCCUUGGUUUAGACAACAUCAGUCUUUUCAAUCGUUCUGAACCUCCAGCUGACGUCGAGUUAUUCCAAUCAGAUGCAUCUGGAUGGAUUGCCUGGUACGCAUUGACAAUGAUGAAUAUUGCAUUGGAAUUGGCAAGAGAGAAUCCGGUUUAUGAGGAUAUAGCUUCCAAGUUCUUUGAGCACUAUUUGUUGGUGGCAGAUGCUAUGACAUUUCUCAAUAAGUCGACCAGUGAUACCGAUAAUGGACCCUCUGAGGAAGCUCUUUGGGAUGAAGAAGAUCAAUUUUUCUAUGACAGAAUCCAUUGGGGCCAGAACCAUACCAGUCCCAUGAAAGUUCGUUCAUUGGUCGGUCUUAUUCCACUUUUCGCCACCACUACUAUCGAGCCGGAAGUUUUACAAAAGUUCCCCAACUUCAACAAAAGACUCCAGUGGUUGGCCAAAAACAAGUCAUAUUUGGUCAAGAGGCAUAUCGCCUUGAUGGAAGUGAAAGGUUCUGGUAAUAGACUCUUGCUUUCUUUGGUCAACAAAGACAGACUUGUGGCCAUCUUAAAAAAAGUGUUCGACGAAAAGGAAUUCUUAUCUGCCUAUGGUAUCAGAUCUUUGUCUAAAUAUCAUGAGAAACAUCCUGUCUCAAUGAAUAUUAACGGCGAAGAGUUCUCUGUUAAGUACUUGCCCGGCGAAUCAGACUCUGGUAUGUUCGGUGGUAAUUCAAACUGGCGUGGACCUAUAUGGUUCCCAACAAACUUCCUCCUCAUCGAGUCUCUACUAAGAUUCUAUUUAUACUAUGGUUCGAACUUGAAAGUGGAAGUACCCUCAGGAAGUGGAGACAUGCUGAACCUUGGUCAAGCUGCAGAGGAAAUACAACAGAGGCUUAUUCAUAUAUUUAUUCCCGAUGUCAACGGCUAUCGUGCGUAUAACGGCCAGCCAGCUGACGAGAAGAAAGUUGGCGAAGAGGAAGCCCUUAGACAAAACUCUGUGUUGGAUUUGCUCGAUAAGGAUGCUUAUUUCAGGAAGCUUACAAACUUCUACGAGUACUUUGAUGGCGAUACCGGACGAGGCAUGGGUGCAAAAUGGCAGUGUGGGUGGACUGCAUUGGUUGCCCGGAUGAUUCAGGACGUUGGUGUGAUAUGCAGAGCACCAAGAACGCCUGUGAGACGGAGAUCGUACUACAAUGAAGAUGAAAUCUUGCAUUACGAACCAGGCAGCUCACCCUUUCCCCUGCUCCAAAGUCGUAAGUCAGGCAGAUCUUUGUAUGACUUAACGGCUCACAAGUUAGAGAUUGGCGAGGAAGAAGCAGAGAGUCGAAUGCCACCAAAUCUUAGUAGACAGACUUCUGCCAAGAGCGCAGCAUCUGCUAAGACGGUGGACUCCGAUGCUUCGAUGCACGAUGUCUUCCUCCGCCAUGUCAGAGACGCUAUGUCGAGAUUUAAGAUCUCCCCUGACGAGGUUAACAUCAGCAGUGAAGAGUUCGAAACACAUACAAAAUAA